UUGUACGUACUUAUCAAAUACAGAUCUCUCGAAUUUAGAAGAAACGUACGGUGAAGUGUUUCCUCAAUCAUCAAGAGGCUCAUUCCUUGCUACACAGAUUAUUUCCAGCAUCAAAUGUUGGUGGGCAUUCGGAUUUAUGGAGGGAAAAUAUUAUUUGAGGUUAAAAUUUUGAUUCCGGAAGUUAGUAUUUGUAGAAGUUUCCAUUGUAGACUGAACUCUGAAGAGAAUUGAAGAAGUAGAGUCUAGAUGGAUGAUUUGCCUGAUGAACUGGUUGGCGAGGUAUUGAGCAAGAUGAUGAGAAUUGGGGAUAAAAAUUCGGUAUCCCUAACUUGUAAACGCCUACAUAAAUUGGAUAAUGCUCAGCGGAAAUCUAUACGGCUUGGUUGUGGAUUGGUCCCUGUGCAUGAUGCCUUGGUUGCCCUUUGCCACAGAUUUUCCAACUUGGAGACGGUGGAAAUUGUGUACUCUGGUUGGAUGUCCAAAUUGGGUAAGCAAUUGGAUGAUGGAGGGCUUCUCAUUCUCUCUAGUAGCUGCCCGUCCUUAAGAAAUCUCACCUUAAGUUACUGUACUUUCGUCACUGAUGCUGGUCUAGGACACCUCGCUUCAUGCUCGAAACUUGCAUCAUUGAAGUUGAAUUUUACCCCCAGAAUAACUGGUUGUGGCAUAUUAUCUCUUGUCGUGGGAUGCAAGAAUCUGGUUAUGCUACACCUGAUUCGGUGUCUUAAUGUUAGUAGUGUCGAGUGGCUGGAGUAUCUUGGCAAACUGGGAAAGAUCCAGGACCUCUGCAUUAAGAAUUGCCGGGCAAUUGGAGAAGGCGAUUUGAUUAAGCUAGGGCCGGGUUGGAAAAAUUUAAAGAGACUGCAGUUUGAAGUCGAUGCUAACUAUCGGUAUAUGAAAGUUCAUGAUCCUUUAGCCGUGGACCGGUGGCAAAAGCAAUGGAUCCCCUGUGAUAGCAUGAUAGAAUUAAGCUUGGUUAAUUGUAUCAUCAGCCCUGGACGAGGGCUCGCCUGCCUUUUGGGGAACUGUAAGAAUUUAGAGAGGAUCCAUUUGGACAUGUGCUUGGGGGUGAGGGACAGCGAUAUUAUGUGUUUGGCCCAUAAAUCAAGGAAACUGCGGUCUAUAUCUCUCCGCGUCCCCUUAGAUUUCUCGCUACCUCUUCUGGUGAACAAUCCGCUGAGACUAACAGACGAUAGUCUCCGGGCAGUGGCUCAAAAAUGCUCUCAUCUUGAAUCAGUCAAGCUAUCUUUCUCCGAUGGAGAGUUCCCCUCAUUUUCAUCGUUUUCGCUGGAUGGAAUUCUCAAGCUGAUACAGAUGUGUCCUAUAAGGGAACUCGCCCUUGAUCACGCAUAUUCUUUUAACGACACUGGAAUGGAAGUGCUAUCUACCGCACAACAUCUUCGAAUUCUAGAGCUUGUAAGGUGCCAAGAGAUCACAGACGAGGGCUUGCAGCUUGUAGCCCAAAUCCCCCGUUUGUGCAUCCUACGUCUCAGCAAGUGCUUAGGAGUCACCGACGAAGGACUAAAGCCUCUCAUCGGAUCACAAAAGCUCCAAGUGUUGAUCGUGGAAGACUGCCCGCAAAUAUCAGAGAGGGGAACUCAAAGGGCUGCAAAAUCAGUUACCUUCAAGCAAGACCUGUCUUGGAUGUUUUGAGCAAUUGUAAAUGGUAUGUUUUGAAUCCUUUCAAUCUCCAAAUUUAUUGUUCUGUGUGUAAAAUGAAGCAAUAAGUCUUGUAGUAUAGUCUUUACCUACAUUGUUAUCUAUGAUGUUUCAUUCCCAUUUGUUCAAACUUUGAAGUGUUUUGUGUUAGCAGGGCAUAGGAAAACAAUAAUGUAUGUUACCAGUACAACAUAAGUUAUUACUUUUGUUUAUAA